CCCACACAGUCAGUCACCAUGCCUAGAAAGACCCAGAACCUCAACUCUCUUAGUAGAGGUAGAGUAAGGGCCUCUAUGAACAAGUACAACUUGUUCAAUUUGUACAAAAAGGACAAGGUUUCAUUCGACAGACUCACCCUCUUUCAACAAAAAUGGAAGGCCAAGGCCGAAACAAGAGCAUACCACGGAGAACAUUUGACAGAGUCGAGAUGGAAGACAUUGUUCAACCCUUCGCUUGAGUCCGUUGCCCAGCUAGAUGCCUCCUUGAAGGGAUCCAGAGUGCAACCCACUCCAAUGGUUUUACAAACAUACGCUGCCCUCGAAAAGAGAUUGGAGUUGGCCGUGUUCAGAUCCAUGUUUGCAUCCUCCGUAAGACAGGCCAGACAGUUCAUUUUGGGAGGCCACGUAUCUGUGAACGGUGUUGUGAUCAAGCAUCCUUCAUUCCCAUUGCAAGCCGGCGAUAUCUUCAACGUCAAACCGGAAAAGGUUUUGUUGGCCAUGGGUAGAGUCAAGCCAGGCUUAGAACAAUCGGUGAAGGUGGACAACAAACAGAUCAUUGUGUGGAACAAGUACGUGAAGUCCGCUAAAGAGAAUCCUAGAGAUGUGUGGGAGUUGAAACAAGCCAAGCCAGAAUCCUUGGACACCACCAGAACUGAAAACAAUGCACAAUCCAUCAAGAGUUUCAAUGAUAAGUUGGACAAGGAUAUGAUCAGAAAGCAGAAGGAGACAACUAGAGAACUGAUCUUGACCAGAAUUUUGACUCUUGCCUCAAAGCAAGAAGAAGUGGACGAGAAAGCAUUUAAAGAAUUCGGAUCCCAAGCAAAGAAGUGCCACGAUGUUUACAACUUGUUGUUUGACUCAAAGCACGAUAUGGUAGAGAACUUUUCUAUUGAAGCCAGCACCGAGUUUGUCAACAAGAAAAAGCCAGAAAUGGAUGCUGGUGAAAAGCACUUGACUUCUAGCGUCAAGCAAAUCUUGGGAGAAAUCCAGAAGGUGACCGUUGAGUCGAUCCGCGUCAAGGCCCAAGAAAGCAAGUUGCCAGAAGACGCGAAGACUAUUCCAUUCACUUCUCAGUUUGCUGAAAACUUGAAGACCCACAAGAAAUUAAACAAGGAUGAAAUCAUGGAAAACGAGGCAACUGCCGAGAUAAGCUUGCCAUGGCAAACUGGCUUGUUUGGCCGUCAAGACCCAACCAAGCCAUACUUCACCCCAUGGACCCCCAGACCAUUCUUGGGUGCCUUUGCCAUCUUGCCUUCUCACAUUGAAGUUUCUUUCAACACCUGUCACGCAAUCUACUUGAGAGACCCAAUUGCCAGACCAGGCCACUCCGAGGUCAUCACUCCGUUUGCCGAGGAUGUCCACGAAAGAGCUUACAUGUACUAUGUUAGAAAGGGAUUGUAGUAUCGUUGUAUAUAGUCGCUGCAUACCUUGUGUAUUUAGGAUAAUAGUGAAACAAAUCACGUGAAGUCAAUGUAGUCGAGGACUUGCCA